AUGAUUAUCAACAGUAAAUCUCAUUCACUUGGGGCUAGAAAGGGAGCUACGACUCUGCAACUAAGAAUCUACAAUGGCGAUAUGAGGUACAACGGGUUUGAACUGGUGGAUUCCAAUCUGUAUGACAGUUGGUUCAGAUUAAAUGUAAUCCACAAUGUGGAUGAAGGAAACCUUACAGUGUUCAUCGAUGGCAUCCAAAAGUUUGUGAAUAAUGAUCAGGGGUCUGGUGACUUGUACUUCAAAUGUGGAGUCUAUGCUGCACCAGAUAAUUCAAGCAAUUAUAUGGAAUCAAGGUGGAAAAAUAUCAAAUCUACAAAAAGUAAUGAUGAAAAAUAUAAAUUCAAAUGA